AUGGGAGAAGAUGAUGUGGAGAUUCCCGAUCAGGAUAAAAAUGCACUUUCUCAAAUUCCAUCCUAUGCUAAGUUCCUUAAAGAAAUUCUUUCAAAGAAGAGAAGGUUAGAAGACUAUGAGACUGUUGCUCGUACAGAGGAUUGCAGUGCUAUAUUGCAAAACAAACUGCCACUAAAGCUUAAGGAUCCAGGGAGCUUCUCCAUACCUUGUCUUAUUAGCAACAUGAAUAUAGAUAAAGCACUCUGUGAUCUAGGUGCAAGUGUGAGUCUGAUACCUCUAUCAAUAUGUCAGAGGCAGGAUGUAGGAGAGCUAAAACCCACAAUAAUUUCACUGCAAUUGGCUGAUCGGUCUGUCAAGUACCCGAUUGGCGUCCUAGAAAACAUCCCCAUCAAGGUGGGAAAAUUCUUCAUUCCUGUUGAUUUUGUUGUCCUGGAAAUGAAAGAGGAUGUCCAAAUUCCUAUCAUCCUAGGAAGACCUUUCUUGGCAAUCGCUGGAGCUAUCAUAGAUGUUAAGAAUGGCCGAUUAACUCUCAAAGUAGGAGAUGAAGAAGUGGAAUUCAACCUGUUCGGAGCAAAAAAGGAUAAACUUGAACCUGUUGAAUGCUUAAGAGUUGACAUAAUUAACAAGCUAGUUAAAGAGGAAUUUCACAAAACACAUCCUGAAGAUCCUCUUGAAACAUGCAUGGUGCAUAGCCACACAGUAAAUAAUGAAAAUACAGAAAUUGCAGCUUGUAUAAAAUCUUUAGAAGCUAGCCCAUCCCUACCUUUAGCUCAACCUCUCUAG